GUAGAGGGGUCGCUAGACUGAAAAGCUCCUUCACAAAUAAAGACCGGGGUCGCGACAUAACGGCCUUGUUCGCGCCAGGGACCCCGUCUGCGGUCACACUUGACAUCCCUGCAAGCGCCCCCUCACUCACCCACAAAGUGUGUGCCACCGGCCCAUCCCGCCAACUGGCUAGCACCAAUUCCAUCCAUCCAUCCAUCCGUCAAUCAAUCCGGUCCAAACGAAACCUCGACCUUGAUUACUUUCCACUACAUCCCGCGAAUUUCUCAGCCUCGUUUCUCACAGCGCAACCUCACUUCCACCCACCACAACCACCUUCAACCGUUUCUCGACCGAGCUUCUCCUCCCAUCCGCGUCGCAUUGCUACCCUCCACCUAAAGACGACGACUACACAUAGUAUAGCCGCAGCUAGACAUCGCGAAAAACCAGCAUCGAAAAUGGCACCGCUAGACAAACCAACCCCCGAAGAGCUGGAACAGCAACUCAAAGACACAAUCCAAGACCUCUACCAAAUCCUAGUCCAAGUAACAACCUACAACGCAACCCCCUCAGCGCCCACCGCCCCGGCCCUCGCAGACUCGGUCCAAGCCCUCUCGCACUCCCUCCAGCGCGUCCACAUGACCGCGACCGCAGGCGCCCCGCCCUCUCCCGACCUCCCCGGCGCGCUUCCCAAGAUCCCGCCCGAGCUGGUGCAGUACGUCGAGAACGGGCGGAACCCGGAUAUCUACACGCGCGAGUUCGUGGAGCUUGUCAGGCGCGGGAAUCAGCUCAUGAAGGGGAAAAUGAAUGCGUUUGCGCAGUUUCGAGAUGUGCUUGCGGAUCAUGUCGAGAGGGGCAUGCCGGAGUUGAGGGAGGAUGUUGGGCGGGUGCUGGAGGGGGGGAAGGUUGUUGGGAGUGGGAAGCCUGGUGGGCUGUGAGAGGUGCGGUUUUUGGGGGGAGUCUGGUUUGUGAGCCUCGGGAGAGGUUUUGAGAGCAUCGGGAUACGAGGUCUUGAGGGAACCGGGCAGAUGAGACAAGCGCAAGUUGGUAGAUGUAAAAGGGCCAAAAUUGGAUGCCCAGUGGUAAGGAAGGCGCAUGGAGUUUGAUACCCAGAGACAGACAGAGUCGUGUGGAUAGCACAUCACACAGAAGAAUCAUAAUGAACAGUUCACGGAGUUAUUGGCGAUGAAAUC